AUGAACAAAAUGCAAAACAAGCUGCCUUUUUUCUACUGUUUCAUUGGUUUCUGCUUUAUUUUUGCCAAUGCAGAUUCAUUUCUUCCAAAUGUAGAGUUAUCAGCAUUGUUAUCAAUAAAAUCUAGCUUGAUCGAUCCUUUGAAUCACCUCAAGGACUGGAAAAACCCGACCAACGAGCUUAAAAAUCACUCGCCACAUUGCAACUGGACCGGGAUUUCUUGCAACUCGAAGGGCUUAGUCGAGAAGGUUGAUUUGUCCAACAUGAAUCUCAGUGGCAUUGUUUCAGACAGCAUUCAAGAUUUAAGGAGCCUGUCCAUUCUUAACAUCUGCUGCAAUAAUUUCACCUCGUCGUUGCCCAAGUCAUUAGCCAAUCUGACUUCUUUGAAGAGCAUUGAUGCAAGUCUUAACAAUCUUAUUGGAAAAUUUCCAAUAGGCCUUGGAAUGAUUCCAGGUUUGAUAAGCAUCAAUGCAUCAAGCAAUAAUUUCGAGGGCUUGCUCCCGGAUGACAUUGGGAAUUCGACCUCACUUGAUAGCCUAGAUUUCAGAGGGAGUUUCUUUGAAGGUUCAAUUCCAUCGUCGUUCGGGAAUUUGAAGAAGUUGAGGUUUUUAGGCCUUUCUGGUAAUAAUCUUACGGGAAGGCUUCCAACUGAGCUUGGUCGGUUGUCGUCUUUAGAGACGAUUAUUUUGGGAUACAAUCAAUUUGAAGGCUCAAUUCCAGGAGAGUUUGGAAAUCUCACUAGCCUUCGGUAUCUGGAUUUGGCUGUUGGUACAUUGAGUGGACAAAUUCCAGGAGAAUUAGGCCAACUGAAGAAUUUAACCACAGUUUAUCUGUAUCAGAACAGUUUCUCUGGAAAGAUUCCUCCUGAAAUUGGAAAAAUAAAAUCUCUAAUCUAUUUGGAUUUAUCUGAUAAUCAAAUUUCAGGAGAAAUUCCUUAUGAAAUUGCUGAACUCAAGAAUCUGCAGUUGCUGAACCUCAUGUGCAAUAAUCUGACAGGGCAUGUUCCUGAAAAGCUUGGAGAAUUGGCAAAACUCGAGGUACUCGAGCUCUGGAAAAACUCGUUGGCAGGCCCUUUACCCCAAAAUCUUGGAAAAAACUCUCCAUUGCAAUGGUUAGAUGUUUCAUCAAAUUCGUUGUGGGGUGAGAUUCCAUCAGGUUUGUGUGAUUCGGGCAAUCUCACUAAACUCAUUCUUUUCAAUAAUUCCUUCUCAGGUUCAAUCCCAAUAGGUCUUUCGAAUUGUUCUUCUUUGGUACGUGUUCGAAUUCAAAACAAUCUUAUUUCAGGGUCAAUCCCAAUUGGCCUUGGAAAUCUUCCAAAACUUCAAAGACUGGAAUUAGCUAAUAACAAUUUUACUGGUAGACUUCCUGAAGAUUUUACGCUUUCGACUUCCCUUUCAUUUAUUGAUGUUUCUAGGAAUCACCUCGUCUCAUCGUUACCUUCCAGCAUUCUUUCCGUACCUAAACUUCAAACGUUCAUCGCCUCCAGCAACAAUCUUGAAGGAAAAAUUCCAGAUCAGUUUCAGGACUUUCCAUCACUUUAUGUGCUAGAUCUUUCUAAUAAUCAUUUUUCAGGACAAAUUCCCCAAAGUAUAGCUUCAUGUGAAAAACUAGUGACUUUGAAUCUCAGAAACAAUCAAUUCACUGGAGAAAUCCCGAAAACCAUUGCCACAAUGCCAACUUUAGCCAUUCUAGAUUUGUCUAACAAUUCUCUUGUUGGAAGAAUACCGCAGAAUUUUGGUAGUUCACCAGCUCUCGAGUCCUUCAAUGUGUCCUACAACAAGCUCGAGGGUCCUGUUCCAAAAAAUGGUAUCUUAAUCACCAUUAACCCCAAUGAUCUUGUAGGCAAUGCUGGUCUAUGCGGCGGGAUACUUCCCUCAUGUUCUCGAAGUAUCAUCCACACAACACGGGAAAAGAAAGUUCGGAUAAAUCACAUUGUUGCAGGAUUUCUUGUAGGGAUAUCAGUAAUUUUGGCUGUAGGCAUGUUGGUUUUCACAGGGAGAUGGCUGUAUAAACGAUGGUAUUUGUACGAAAAUUGCUUCAACAAUUUGUCUAAGAACAAUUCAGAACGGCCAUGGAGGCUUGUAGCCUUUCGGAGGCUUAAUUUCACUAGUUCUGACAUUCUGGCUUGUCUGAAGGAAUCAAAUGUGAUAGGCAUUGGUGGGACAGGAAUUGUGUACAAAGCUGAAACUCAUCGUCCACACAACAUUGUUGCUGUGAAAAAGUUACGGAGGUCGGAAACAGAUAUUGAAACCGGGGACGACCUCUUUGCAGAGGUGGAACUCCUAGGGAAACUUAGGCAUAGGAACAUAGUGAGAUUAUUUGGUUAUCUACACAAUGAGACUGAUGUUAUGAUGGUGGCAAUGCUGCACAAGAAUGAGACCGUAUCAAUGGUGGCUGGAUCAUAUGGAUACAUAGCACCAGAAUAUGGAUACACGUUAAAGGUUGAUGAAAAAAGUGACAUAUAUAGUUUCGGUGUGCUGCUUCUGGAGCUUCUAACAGGGAAAAUGCCUCUGGAUCCCACCUUUGGCGAAUCGAUUGAUAUCAUCGAAUGGGUUCGACGAAAGGGAAACAAGAAAACCUUAAAAGAAGCAUUGGAUCCUGAUAUUGUUGGACGAUGUAAAUACGUUGAAGAGGAAAUGCUUCUUGUCCUAAAAAUUGCUCUUCUUUGCACUGCCAAACUCCCAAAGGACAGGCCAUCAAUGAGAGAUAUUAUAACAAUGCUUGGAGAGGCAAAGCCAAGAAGAAAAAGCAUUUCCCAUAAUUGGGGAUUCACUGCAAACAAAGAGAAAAUAAUAUUUGCACAUUCACCAGUUAUAAGCCUUCUAUAG